AUUCAAUCGGCUAGUUUGCCAUGCUUGCCCCUGAUGCUCGCUUCCGAAAAUACUCAGACCUCGACUAUGUGAGUGGCAGAAGCGAAAUCGUCCAAGCCGGCCAGAGAACUGGAACAGAGCUUUGGGCCUGGGCCAUGGACUCUCUUUCCAUGGCCAUGCAUGCUUCCCCAGCGCGGAGGAGGAAUAGCUUCCCCAGAUUCGCGCUUGUCGGAAGCAAAGGCACUUCCUGAGUUGGAAGUCCAUAUUAUAAGAGCCAGCUUUGUGACCUCUCGUCAAGCAGUUCAGUCAUCGCCAUGUGGCAUCCAAACUUCCUUGGUGUUAAAAGCCUGCGGGGCGAUGUGCUUGUCACAGCUUAUAUGGUUGUCUGCGGCAUUGCGUUUAUCAUGUUCGGCUAUGAUCAAGCCGUGCUGGGGGCGCUGUCGGGCAAUCCGUCAUUCCUUGAACAUAUGGGUACCACCGAUCCUCUCAUUAUCGGAUGCAUCAUCGCCAUAUUCUCUAUUGGCGCCAUCGUUGGAAGCAUUGUCACACUGGUCUUCGGCUACCGCCUCGGCCGGCGCUGGCUUAUAUUUAUUGGAUGCUGCUUGCUCAUAAUUGGUGCAGCCCUACAAGCCGCAUCAUUCAGCCUGGGGCAGAUGAUUGCUGGCCGGGUGGUCGCUGGCAUAGGCGUGGGCUUCAUCAGCUGCACAAUCCCUCUGUUGAUCUCUGAGAUUGCAAGGCCCAACAGGCGUGGCAUUCUGAUAGCUGCACUAUUUACUCUCGCAGUGAUUGGCAUCGUGAUAGCCGACUGGAUGAUAUUUGGGCUUCUCAAGCACACUACGAAUCAGGAGCUCAUAUGGCGCUUUCCGGUCGCUUUCCAAGGCACCUUCGACAUUUUCACUGCACUUACGAUCUUCUUACUCCCCGAAUCGCCCAGAUGGUUGUAUGCUCAAGGUUACGACAAGGAGGCCACCAACAUAUUGGCACGUGUGUACAACGCAUCUGAACAUUCGCAAUUAGUGCAGGACACCUAUGACGCUCUCAAAGCAGAGGUAGAUGACGAGGAGAAACGCGAGGAAAAAGGCUUUGCUCUGUUUAAACAGUGCAUCGGGGCAAUGUUCUGGGAUACGACCGAUUUGAAGCUCGGAAGGCGGCUGCGCUUGUGCUUCUUCAUUAUGAUGCUGCAGGAGAUGAGUGGUCUCAACAUCAUCGUGCCAUAUACGAAUACCCUGUUCGGCAUUGACCUGAAAUUUGACGCUCUGACGUCUAUUAUGGUCGCGUCCAUCAUUCAAGUGGCGUGGGCCAUAUUCACUACUUGUGGAAUGUUCACAAUCGAGCGCUGGGGGCGAAGACCUACGCUCAUGAUUGGUACUGUGAUAUGCACUGUUGGUAUGACGGGUUUCACCAUUUCAAUCUCCAUCGGCACCAAAGCGGCCGGAUGGGCUGGCAUGGUGAUGUUGAUCGUCUUCUUCUUCGGUUUCGCCUUCGGCAUGCUUCCAAUGAGCUGGCUCUAUCCGUCCGAAAUCCUGCCACUGCACAUGCGCCACGUCGGCCUCGGCGUGGCGGGCAUCACGACCUGGCUCUUUACAUUCUUGACGGUUUUUACGGGCCCGAUAUCGUUUGAGGCAACAGGGUACAAGAUAUUCAUUCUCUACAUCAUCUUCAACGCCCUUGCUUUCCCAUACGCGUAUUUUCUGAUGGAGGAGACGAAAGACAAGACGUUGGAGGAGAUCAACCUCAUGUUCAGCCCGAUUGCUGCCGCCAGUAUCCGUGCUGCACAGGUAGAAAUUCCUGUUAGCGGCGAGAAGGAAUUGGGAGGGCAAGUUAUCGAGAAAGAGUAGCGGAUCCGCUGCCUGACAGGUGUGUUGCGAGAUGUUGGCAGUCAGCGUUGUUGAAGUCAGCUUGUAAGAGAGCUCUUCUCCCCUUCAGUUGACUGUAACAAACCACCCCUGAACAACUGCACGGCCUCCUUCUCCUCUCUUUACUCCCCAAAUCACGAACACAUUCCCGCCCUGAUCGCUCCAGACAUCACUAGCAAAUGAAUGAAGGCCUGCUCCUUCCUGCCAUGUUGCCGUGCUCUUCUCUUUGCUGUCCUUCCCCUCUCUCUUCUCCAUGUCGUCUUCGUCAACACCAACUUCAGUCUCAAUCUCGCACCUUGCCCAACGGAACUUCCCCGAACUCCACAACUCCAUCC